UCCCCCACGGCCCCGGGCGGGUGCGGGAAGUGCUCUGCUCCCGUCAGCAGCCCGUGGGCCUGCCUGAGGCCACCGCACACGCUUCCCCAGCGCAGGGCCGACGGCCAGGAGCCGUGGCCGGGACGGACCACAGCCCCAGGACAAUGAACAACACCUGCGACUACGUCACCUGGCCCUCCCCGCUCAACUACAUCUUCCUGGCCUACUCGGCCACGCUGCUGGUGCUGGGCCUGCUGCUCAACGGGCUGGCGCUCUGGGUGUUCUGCUGCCGGAUGCGGCAGUGGACGGAGACUCGCAUCUACAUGACCAACCUGGCUGUGGCCGACCUCUGUCUGCUGUGUUCCCUGCCCUUCAUGCUGCUCUCCCUGGACCACACGUCGGACACCCCGCUGUGCCAGCUGUCCCAGGCCGUCUACCUGGUCAACAGGUACAUGAGCAUCAGCCUGGUGGUGGCCAUCGCCGUGGACCGCUACGUGGCGGUGCGGCACCCGCUGCGCGCCCGCGGGCUCCGCUCCCCGCGCCGGGCGGCGGCCGUGUGCACGGGCCUCUGGGUGGCGGUGCUCGGCUCUCUGGUGGCGCGCUGGCGCCUGGGCGUGCAGGAGGGCGGCUUCUGCUUCCGGAACCGCGCCCGCCAGCAGUUCGGCAGCACCGUGAUCUCCUUACUUGGCUUCUACCUGUCGCUGGCCGUGCUGGUCUUCUGCUCCCUGCAGGUGGUGACCGCGCUGGCCCGGAGGCCGCCCGCCGACGUGGGAUGGGCCUCCGGCAAGGCCGCCCGCAUGGUGUGGGCCAACCUGGUGGUGUUCGUGGUCUGCUUCCUGCCCCUGCACGUGGCUCUGACGGCGCAGGCCGCCCUGGGCCCCACCUCCUGUGCGGCCCGGGUGGCCUUCUCCCAGACCUUCUCCAUCACCAGCAAGCUCUCCGACGCCAACUGCUGCCUGGACGCCAUCUGCUACUACUACAUGGCCAAGGAGUUCCAGGACGCGUCCUCCCUGCCCGUGGCCUCCAGAGGCCAGACCCACAAGAGCCAAGACUCCCAGAGUAUGACCCUCACCUAGCCUGUGUGCGGCGCGGGCCGGGGCGCCUGCCGCCGGGGAGACUGGCCCCGACCGCAGACUGUGGUGCUCUUCAGCACCCCGACCCAGCCCAGGCCCCGGGGGUUGCAUUUGCUCCCUUGGGAAGAGAGCGGAGCCAAGGCCAGAGGACAGAGGCUGAGAGAGCCAAUCCCAAGGACUCAGGACAGGGUCCCGCUCCUGCCAGCCCGAGCAGGCGGGCGGUGGGGGCGGGGGGGGGGUCUCUACUGCAGGCUUUAGUCUGCUGAGUAAAGCUGUCCACUGAGAGUCGGUCCUGCGGGUCCCCACGUCUCCUGGGCUCUGUGGGUGGGCGUCAGGUGGCUCAGAGGGCCAGGCUCUGCAGGGCUCCCCUAGACUGUCUGUGCAGGAGUGGAGCCGGGCGCGGCGGGGCCCCUCUGCCAGGGCAGAGGAAGGUGCGCAGGGCAUCCGUCUGUCCUGUCAGCUUCCCGUGGUGAUGGUUCUGCUUUCCCGGCCGGUGGCAGGUGGCGUGAC